AUGAACGAGAGCAGUGUGAUAACCGUUAGAUUAACCAAACCGUGGCACAUUAAAACGACCAGAUCUUGGAUUGGCUUGGUACUAUGUCAUGUGUUGGUCUGGUUGAGUAGUGUUAGUGGAGUAGAUGAUAUGAGUAGAACAACUGAAGUAUCACAGCAAAGUCAAAAUGAGAUGACUAGAACCUUGAGAAUGAUUGGCUUUGCAUUUGGUAGUUCGACCGUUAAAUUGCAGGUUACGGCUUAUGUUCCAAACUUGCAAAAGAAACUCACAUCUAAGAAUGGCCCAGCACUAAAUCCAAGCCUAGGCCCAUUCAACCCAUUAGACAAUACGCCCUAUUAUAUGAUAGAGACCACAGACAAGUACAUUGUGUUUACAUCACCUAAACUGAACGAUGAGAGUUUUCUUAAGACAGUUUUAGCUGCGCUAAGAACGAUUGCUAUUAUUAAGUGCCCGAGAGUUGUUAUUGAGGUAUUAUGGCCAAAAGGGGACGUCUAUCAAGAGAGCCUUCAGAUUCUAACUCGAGUUAUUCAUAUAGUUGAUUGUAAAGAAAUGGAGGUUUUGUGGAAGAAAGGAAUAACCUUCUCGAACAUUGACAAAGAGACAAAAGAUGUGUGUUUACGCGUUUGUUUAGACGAGGCCACAAACACGCUUGAACAUGCUAAUUAUACCUUGGAAUGUCAGCUUAACUUUUCAAGCCAAAGAAGUAACAAUCUUGCACACUUGUUAGAUAGUGGUAUUGUUUUGCACCGGCGAUUUUCAAGUGUUUGCUUGAUGGAUGAAGAAUUUAAGUCCGCCCAUCUCCUUAGUAAGUUGCCUCUAGCAAACGACUACACUAUCUUGUUUUUAGAUCUACCCAAAGUAGCUGAAAUUAAUCUUAGCGUUCUCCAAACAUCUCCGCCACAAUGUGCCAAGAUUGUUAUUGAAGAAUCUAAUAGCAAGGAACUAACGCUAACAGGGCUUAAGAAUGCGGUUGACAAACAUCCAAUGCUGGCUCUAGAGACAAAUUGGGAAACCUUUCAGCACUUGUGCAAACCCAAUAAGCCCAAAAUCAAUGUUCAUGCUAUUAUACUGUGGUAUACAAACGAAUGCGCUAUCCAAACAAUGAUUGACCAUUUCCAAGAACAAACGCAAAUCCAGCCUCAUAUCUUUGCUAAAACAGUCACGUCCAAAAUCUCUGAAUAUAUGCCAUGCGACGGUUAUGGCUACUACAGAUAUCUCUAUAGCAAGGAAGCUUACUCUAAGUAUGGCAUCUCGGUUGAUGAAACGCAGGUCCAAUAUGAGGGCCAACGAACUGAUCUGAAGGACACCAUCGAUAUGUUUUUCGCGGUGAAUGCUUUAUCGAAGGAAGUAGUAGCCGAGGUGAAGGAAGAAGGCAUUAUGUGCUGUGGUGAUAAGCUCAGCGAACCUAACUGGAGCCCGCGAAAGAAAGUUGACAUCCAGCUCGACUAUGAGCUAUUAACAGAAUGGGCUGAUAAUUACAUACAAAACCAUCGCUUGUACUUCUGCCAGAAUAUAUACUACACGUUGCUCAACAUCAUUGGCAAUCCAACUCCACGUGAAGGACAGGCCAUCAAUUGCGCUAAUUUUCUAUGUCUAUUUCAGAACAUCACUGGACAAAAGAUGCACAUAUCGAAUGUUCGUGAUGGCAACCAAACAACUAGCAAGUUUAGCUUGAGCACUCUACAGGCCGAAACCGCCAACUCCCCUAGAUACAAGCUCAACAUGGAUGUUGUGGUAUUAGAGAACGUUGAUGAUGAUAUUCUCUACUGGAUAUUCGGGCAUUAUGACCUGUGCAACACAACCGAAGUCUAUAUUCUGAACCAUGGAUUCACAAACCUUGAUAUUGCGCAGCUUCUUUCGCACCCAAUAGGCCGUAACAUUUCAAAACUCGUGCUCAAUGACUUCACUGGGCUAGAAGAGGUUGUGCACUACCAACAACCAGACCAAAUCAAAAACUUAUCACUAUUCAAAUACAUCGAUAUAGCCAAAGCAGAAGGCAGAGAAAUGCAAAGCCUUAAUCUAGACAAGCUCUUUUUAUCAUUGGACAAUGCCGAUUUUGAUAUACCCACCAAAGCCAUAUCUGCGCUUUGGGACUUUGGUAUUCAGCCCUCAGCUAUGCUAUUUAAGGACUACAUUACCAAGACACCAACUAACGCCAAACCCACGCGAUCCAUGAUACUUGGCAGAAAGCUUACUCUUUAUGGCAUCACUCUACAGGCCUUACAAUCAGAUUGGGUCGGCUGCCAAGCAAAACAACCAAGCCAAAGCCAUCUGGGCCCAAACCUAACAGUUGAGGAGCUAGUAUUAAUGUUCAGCGGCAAAGAGUCAUUAACCGAGACAGCUUUAGUGGAUAGUGUCCGCUGGACGGCCUGCCGAUUCAAAGCAUUAAUCAUCUUGCGACUAGUAAACGUUAGUGUGUCAGAAACUGAACAGAAUGCAAUGACCUCGCGCAACUAUUGGGUUUGGGAUUUAGAUUCUCUUGAGCUUAUUCAAAUAGAGAGCGCAACCGCAAACAUCGCACCGAUCAAACUACCAAUCCAUCUCUAUCAUAAGAGUUGGCUGCUGACAGUCUCUAAUACUACCCCUGAAUUUACAGCAAUAGCUUCUAAAACAGUAUUCCGUCUUUUAACUUGCAUUGACCAAAUUAAGACACUCUUGCCUGAACAAGCUCUCACCAAGGCAUCUUUCAAAAUGAUCAUAAAUGAUAUCACUGCCAACCAGAAAACUCCAAGUGAUAUUAUAUGCCCGGUUUGCCAUGAAGGUAUUUGUGUGGAUUCAAAUGAUAAGAAUCCAAAGGAAGGGGACACCCUCGAGAAUAAGCAACUUGAAUUUAACAGUGAGCACUACCCCAUAACAUUUUGCUAUCUCAAGUGCACACAUAUGAUCUGUAGUAGGUGUGUAGCUGCUGCACAGGCCUACGAUAGCAAAUUAACUCGAUGCACACUAUGCAAACGGGCAGAUGUGUUUGAUGAUAGUAUACAUCGACUGAUAAGUGUUCCUUUGUCUAGCUUUGUCGCGGCUAAAGGAAGUCACACCUCCGCCACAGAGAGCCACAAAGGGCUUAAAGACAUGGCAUUUAAAGAUGACCACAUCUACUUCUACAUUGCCUAUAGAAACCUAGAUGAUCUAUACUCUGACCUCACAAAAACACCAAAUUAUGACGACUCCCACCCAAUUCACAUCAUUUAA